AAGACACCCCCCACUGCAAGAAGCCAAAACCUCGAGUUCAGUCCGGCGGGCGAAGAAAUGGAGUUCGCCAGCAGAGUGGUAAACCUUGCAGGGAGGGCGGCCAACAACAAUACAGUGAUCGACGUGUUCCUGGUAGGCUCCUUUGCUGGACUAAUGGUUAGAUCGGCGAACCAGCAAAAGAAAGUCGAAGCUCUCGAGGCCGAGAAGGACUCUCUGGUCAAAUCCAUCAAGGCCAUGAAGAAGACCAUGUGGGACUGGAAGCAGCAGCUCUUCGCUGAAGCCACCGCGGAAUCCGCCUUGGUCCCUCUCGCCAGACUCAGGGCCAUCUAUGGUGAAGUCCCAGCUGCUCCACAAAUUGAUGCUGCUGAUGAAAAUGCGAAAUCACCAGCCUCCAAGUUGGUAAUCUGAAUUUUUUUUCCCAGUGAUUGAAGGGGCAAGUAUUCUGCAAGUUUGGGUGAGAUUCCAUUUGAGACGUAAAGUAUGUCACUGCAUCACUUUUUAUCAGCAUGUAAAUCAGAAUUCAGACAAGGGGUAGAGUCAUUCAUCUCGAUCCAUCUAUUGGGAAGAAGAAAAAACCAUUAGCCUUUUGGGUUUUGUUUGAGGGAACUCGAACCCUGUGAUUUGAUUAGGAAUUCUGUUAAACUGUCAUUGUAUGGGAAAGAAAAUGAGCAGAAGCUUUGUUUAGUAAAAUACUUUGAACAUUGUUCAUGUAUUAGAUUAUGAGCUCGUCCCUGGUUCACUUAACUAAGAAAUUAUGUAAGGCCUUACACAGGUCUCUCUUCGCCCAUUUUGGGUGCGUUUGGCAGUUUGUGCACGUGCCAAAUGUACUGUUUUGGCUUGAACGCAUCGUGUUCAUUUGGCCUAGCAGUGCAUUACAGUGUCACUGCACCGCAGUGAAUUCAAAGUUGAAGUUGCUUUCA